GAGGAGGCCAACAUUUUUCAAUUUUGGCCACUAAUUGCAAAAGCUUAAAGGAGUUGAGCUGUGAUCGUUGUUCGGGCUUCGUGUAUUAGCGUGAUUGACAGUUUCUAUUGAAGGUGAAUCUCCCCUUUUCAUAUUUUCUCUUGUCUGUAUCCGAGAAAGAGAAUCUCGUCGGCCAUGCAGAAAUUAAUGUAAACAAAUUUUUGUUUACUCCGAAUCUUGAUUCAAAAUUUUUCUGAAGAGUCAUCAAUUUUUCCCGUAAAUCUUGUGACUAAGCUGAUAAAUAUGCCUAAGCCGAAUAAAAAGAAAAACAAGAAUAAAACCACGCCCUCCCGCCCUGCGGAGGCGAAGCCCGAGGAAGUGCGCUUUGAGGAUCUCGGUAGCGAUACAGACUCUGACGACUGCAUGCCCGAACUGGAGGACAUUGUAGAAGGAUUCAUGAACCACCUGGGAGGCGGUGACACCUGUCAGCCCAUCAAGGUGUGUUCCAAAGCGAAGCAGGCGCGCGGCGAGCAGAAGGCCAGGAAGAUCAUUCUUAAGCUCGGCCUCAAGCAGAUCCCGGACGUCCACCGUGUGACCAUACGCAAGUCGAAGAACAUUCUGUUCGUGAUCAACAACCCGGAUGUGUACAAGAAUCCACUAACCGACACCUAUAUCGUCUUCGGAGAGGCCAAAGUCGAGGAUCCGACCAAGAAGCACAAGUUGACCCCCGAAAAGUUCUGGGCCUCCAUGAAAAGUUUUGGUAUCAAGAGCAAGGACUCCAACACCUCGAUUGGUUCCUUCGAUGAGAACGAGGAGAUAGACGCCACUGGCAUCGAUGAGAACGAGGAGAUAGACGCCACUGGCAUCGAUGAGGAGGACAUUAAGCUUGUGAUAACGCAUGCGAAUACGACUCGCCCAAGGGCCAUUAUGGCCCUAAAGAACAACAACGACAUAGUCGACGCCAUCAUGGAGCUGACCUACAGAUCCUAAAUCUAUGCAUGCCCCAUCUGGGCAGCAAGUAUCACAAACUUACACAAAACAUUUUAAUGUACUUCACUGAAUUAUUAUUGGAUCUUAAUAAAGGCGGACUUAAGCU